AUGGCACCGCAGCUAGCGCAGCAGGAGGAUGAAUCCGGUAGUAAUGAACUAGAACGUGAAGCUGACAGUGACGAUAUCGUUGGGACUCGGAACGAUAUUGAUGGCACAAUUGCCAACAUGCCAUGUGAUGAUGAGGCUCCCGUAAACGACGGAAGAAUCGACGACUUUUGCCAUGUUUUCUCUGAAGACGACGACGCGGCUAUGGAUACCGACGGAGGGAGUCUGCUAAUCUUCCCGACUACAGGAACUGACUUAUUACGAUCGAGUAUAGUUCAUCAAGAACUGCUGGACCCGACAGCAGAAUGUACGGCUCGCACCGCCAUUGAUCUUGCCAACGGCGAUCACGAACUGGCGUUGUCGGUGGCAGGGUUAGAGGAAUGGGUCAAGGAUCCAACGAGCGACGAAGCUGAACUUCCCCCGGCCGGUUUCACGCGUGAUGAACGGUCCGCCGAUGUGAUAGAACUCAUCCAGAGCGCACUAAAGUCGGAUCGUGAGUGGUCUCCGCCAAACCAGCAGCAUGACUGGCCACCACCAACACCACUGCGACCGUACCCUAGCAUUAGCGACGUCUUCACAGCAUUUACACUCAAACGACGUCAACAUACAGCGUUCAUGCUGGUAGCAAGAGCACUACUUCGUCGUUUCCAGCAACAAGAACGCGCCAAUGUUCACAAGUUGCUGACUAUCGCGCUUGCGACUUCGAGUCCCGACUACGAGACGACCAGCUGCUCAUGUUCCUUGGUGGUGCCGGUGGCACCGGCAAGAGUCGUGUAG